UCAGCACCAUUAAGGUCAGGCUCUCRGUGAAAAAUAGACAAAAAAGAAGAAAAUAAUUACUAUUCUUUAUGUAUAUAUCCUAUGAACUUCAAACUUAUACCAAAUGUUCAUGACCAUCACAGGUCUUGACAGAAAAAUAAUUGUUUCCAUAGCAACAAUCACGUGACUUUUAGAAAGCAUAAUGUAUGCAAAAAUAUGCCCUUUGCUAAAGCGUCUAGAAAACGUGCUCAUUCUUUACAUACACAAAAUAAGAUUAUUUAUAAGGGCAGCCAAUGUAUUAAAUUAAUUAGAACCAACUGGAAAACAAAGAUUUUAAGUAGAUUUCUAACACAAAAUGCAUGGCAUUCAUGAACUUCACUCUAAACAAACACUUUACUCUUUUUAAAAGUACAAACAGCAUUCGCUUUCACGAUUUCCAGUUACAAAAGUAUAGUUUUACUACUGAAAAUCAUAAAACAGGAAAAAAAAUCGCUUUAUUUGAAAAUUUUCCCUUUUUUCUAGCCCCUUUUUUGCUUGAAUAUCCGAGAUUCAAAAAUUGAAUUCAGGCUCACAUAGAACUGGUCAGCUGUCUGCUAAAUAAGAAAAGUUCCCAUGGUUACAUGGCUUGUAAGUGAGGUAAUCAAAGAUGGCGGACGGAGUACAUGAAAUUUAUUGCUUUAGAUUUUGAGGCUAUGACUGCCUAAACAGACGAGAAUUUUGCCAAAAAAGUGGAAAUUUAUCCUAGAGAUGCUCUUAAGAUAUAGUGCUAUGUAGGUAUUUUUCCAAUAUUUGCGAAUCAUGAACAGAAAACACUUAAUUUUACGUGCAAAUAUGUUUUUUUUGUAUUCGUAACUUGUUGUUUCCUAUAAUUUAAAAGUAGUUUUGAAAACCAUGAGCGCACUGUUAAAGAUUUUGAAUUCAUCAAUAAAUAACUCAUAAAAUACUUAACUCUUUGAUUAUUACUGAUAACGCUGCAUUAGUUUGAGCGGGAAUUUCAAGGCGCGUAAACUAGUACUUGAUGUAACGAUCAAAGCUCGUUCAUCUUAUUUCUACUAUAUAUUCUUCAAAAUACCAUAAAGCGAUAAUAAGUCUAUAACUGGGCGUUUGCAAAGUUUCCAAGGAUUAACUGGCGAUGUCAGGGACAUUUCUGUGUCCUAAUUCUUGUGGAUUUGCGAAAGUUGCUGCAUUGGAGAUCGCAAGGACCACUGUAUUGAUAAGGGAACAAGGAGAAAGUUCGACAAAAUAUAAAGCACACCUGAAGACUGAACAGUAUAAUAAGUUUAAAAGUAUCUUUUCAUCCGAUGAUUGGGAAAGAUUUUCAAUCGAUUUCAUUAAAUUCCAUAAGAAACUCCAAGCCUUAAGAGAGAAAGUUAAUAAGUGGAACGUCAAGAAACUAGAAGAAAAAUCUAAAUUCCUCGAUACUUUCUCCCUUAAGAAAUGGAUUAGUCUUCCAGAAGCUCGAAAGAGAGAACACAGCCUUGCCAACUGCAAAGGAUGUGCUAUCCGAUUUUCUGAUAUACAGGCAUAUUUUCCGGUGAAUUCACCUCAGCUUAAAGCCAAGGCAAAGAGUAAUCCAGUGUUUGCAGCUAGGAGUGCUGCAGAGAAGUUAUAUACUAAAACCCCUCAAACUAAACCCCUGAAAAAUGACAUUAAAACAGCUGCUAGGGACA